AUGCCACAAGGCUCCAAUAAGAUUGAGUUUUGUUCACGAUGCAGAGCUCGAUUUACGAUCAAGGCUGGGGCCACGCCUGCGGUGGAUGAGAAUGAUGGUGGGUUGUUAUGCCCUACCUGCGCUUCCUCCUCUAGUCCUUCAGUAGCUACUCCCAAAGCUCGGCCUGUCAAGCGACCAAGGAGAAAAGCGCAGAAAGCAGAGAUUGAGAGUCAGGUUCCUUCGCUCCAGGAUCUAUGCAUUCAGAAAAUUGCAAACUGUAUCGAAGAUGUAGAAGGCUUUGGAGACAUCAGUGACCUUAGCAUGGACAAAAUAUGCAGGAUCAUCAGCCGAAACCGAUCUUUGAAUGCGAAUACUCUCCAGCUCUUUUUGGACUCUCGUCAUUCAGAUUUAUCCCUCUAUGACUGCACUGAUAUCAAUGCAUUAGGUCUCCAAAAUAUUGCUCAGUUCUGUCCAAGUCUCCGAUCUCUCAAGCUCAAGUUUUGUGGGCGCAUCGAUGAUUCUGUCAUGGAUUACUAUACAAGCCAUUUAUCUCAAUUAACAUCGUUAUCUCUUAUUGGACCCAUCUUGAUAACUGAGGCGUCCUACAUCAAAUUCUUUGAGGCCAUGGGCGAGAGAUUUACACGCUUCGAACUGAAGCACUCCGCCAGGUUCUCUUUAAAGGCGCUUAAGGCACUAUGUGAUAAUUGCCCUAACUUGACCCAUUUAAGACUUGGAGAUUGUGGUCAGAUGGACGACGAAUGGAUGGAACCGAUUUCAAAUCUGACAAAACUGAAAUCGUUACGUCUGCGGAAUCCGGAACGUGAUAGAGUGAGCACUGAGAAAGUAGUCAAACUCAUUCAAGCUGUGGGAUCCGGAUUGGAGGAGCUGGAACUUAAAGGGUUCGUGGAAAUUGAAGAUCCAGUUCUGUUGGACGCGAUCCGGCCAAGUUGUGUUCGUUUGGAGCGGCUCAAUAUCUCUGGAUGCGAAGAGUUCACAACAGAGGCCAUUCAAACACUCUUCAAGGAUUGGACCGUAAACCGUGGCCUGAGCUAUAUCAACCUUGAGAACUGUGUAAUGCUCAAGGAUGAAGCAUUGAUGGCAAUCACAGCUCACUCGGCCACAACGUUGGAGACGCUAAACAUCAAGGGACUGGAUGAACUUACAAAAGAUGCUUUACUCACCAUAACUAAGUGUGAAAACUUGACCAUGUUAGAUGCCAGUUGGUGUCGUGCUAUGGAUGAUGAAGUCAUGGAGCAGCUUGUGAAAAGUGCGUCUAGAUUGAACAAGGUGGUUGUCUGGGGUGAUCACCGACUGACAGAGUGCUGUCCAAGCCGAAAGGGCAUGAAGAUUGUUGGACGUGAAGGUGACUUUAUCGAUCUGCGGUUCAUGUAA